UUCUAUUAAAGGCAGAACUCGUAAGCAGAGCCUGGAAGCCCACGGGAAGCUUGGAUGUCACAGUAGGACUAGAUCUUCCGUAAAGGGCUUCUCACGGAAAUAUUUCUGAGGUAAACCACAAGACAUUGAGGCCUUUACAGCUCCGCGGAACCAUCCUCGCCAGAGGCUAUACCGGGCAAGAACAAUGGAGGCCAGCAGAAAGCUCGUUUGCAAACAAAGGCAAGUCUUUUUCUUCUUUCUCUUCUUACACUUAGCUCUGGCCGGCUUUGAAUUUAGGCGUUAUUCUGUGGAGGAGGAAGCAGAGGGGAGCUCUUUCGUAACCAAUUUAGCAAAAGACCUGGGUCUGGGGCAGGGGGAACUCUUCAGGCGGGGAGCAAGGGUCAUUUCCAAAGGGAACAAACUGUAUUUGCAGCUGGAUCAGGAGUCUGGGGAUUUACUGCUAAAUAAGAAACUGGACCGCGAGGAACUGUGUGGUCAGACAGAGCCAUGUGCGCUGCGUUUCCAGGUUUUACUAGAGAAUCCCUUAGAGUUUUUUCAAGCUGAGCUACAGGUAAUAGACAUAAAUGACCAUACUCCUGUGUUCAUGGACGGAGAUAUGUUGUUAAAAAUAUCAGAGAACAGUCUUCCUGGCACUACAUUUCCUCUAAAGAAUGCUCAGGACAUGGAUGUAGGCCAAAAUAAUGUUGAAAAUUAUAUAAUCAGUCCCAACUCCUAUUUUCGGGUCCUCACUCGCAAACGCAGCGAUGGCAGAAAAUAUCCGGAACUUGUGCUGGACAAAGUACUGGAUCGCGAGGAGGAAGCUGAGCUCAGGUUAACCCUCACUGCUCAGGAUGGUGGUUCUCCACCACGGUCUGGCACCGCUCACGUAUACAUAGAAGUCGUGGACAUCAACGACAACGCCCCUGAAUUUGAGCAGCCUUUCUACAGAGUAAAGAUCCCUGAGGACAGCCCCAAAGGGUUUCUUGUUGUCAAAGUCUCUGCUACCGAUGUAGACAUAGGAGUCAAUGGAGAGAUUUCCUAUUCAUUUUCCCAGGCUUCAGAAGACAUCAGCAAAACCUUUGAGAUCAAUGCCAUGACUGGAGAAAUUCGACUGAAAAAACAACUUGAUUUCGAAAAAACUCAGUCCUAUGAGGUCAGUAUCGAGGCCAGCGAUCCUGGAAGCCUUUCUGGAAAAUGCACCGUUCUGGUUCAAGUGGUGGAUGUGAACGACAAUGCCCCAGAAGUCACCAUGUCUGCAUUUACUGGACAGAUCCCUGAGAACUUGCCUGAGACUGUGGUUGCAGUUUUCAGUGUUUCAGAUCUUGACUCUGAAGAGAAUGGGAAAGUAAGCUGCUCCAUUCAGUACGAUCUACCGUUUUUGCUGAAAUCUUCCAUGGAAAAUUUUUACACCCUAGUAACAGAGCGACCGCUAGACAGAGAGACCAGAGCCGAAUACAACAUCACCAUCACUGUCACAGACUUGGGGGCACCCAGACUGAAAACCGAGCACAACAUAACCGUGCUGGUGGCCGACGUCAACGACAACGCCCCCGCCUUCACCCAGACCUCCUACACCCUGUGGGUCCGAGAGAACAACAGCCCCGCCCUGCACAUCGGCAGCGUCAGCGCCACAGACACAGACGCGGGUGCCAACGCCCAGGUCACCUACUCGCUGCUGCCGCCCCCCGACCCGCUCCUGCCCCUCGCCUCCCUCGUGUCCAUCAAUCCCGACAACGGCCACCUCUUCGCCCUCACGUCCCUGGACUACGAAGCCCUGCGGGCCUUCGAGUUCCACGUGGGCGCCACCGACCGCGGCUCGCCGGCGCUCAGCAGCCAGGCGCUGGUGCGCGUGCUCGUGGCGGACGCCAACGACAACGCGCCCUUCGUGCUCUACCCGCUGCAGAACGCCUCGGCGCCCUGCACCGAGCUGGUGCCCAGGGCGGCCGAGCCGGGCUACCUGGUGACCAAGGUGGUGGCGGUGGACGGCGACGCGGGCCAGAACGCCUGGCUGUCGUACCAGCUGCUCAAGGCCACGGAGCCCGGGCUGUUCGGCGUGUGGGCGCACAACGGCGAGGUGCGCACGGCGCGGCUGCUGAGCGAGCGCGACGCGCCCAAGCAGCGGCUGGUGGUGCUGGUCAAGGACAACGGCGAGCCGCCGCUGUCGGCCAGCGUCACGCUGCACGUGCUGCUGGUGGACGGCUUCUCGCAGCCCUACCUGCCGCCCCCGGAAGCGGAAGCGGCGGCCGCGGCGCCGGCCGACCCGCUCACCGUCUACCUGGUGGUGGCCUUGGCGUCGGUGUCGUCGCUCUUCCUCUUCUCGGUGCUGGUGUUCGUGGCGGUGCGGCUGUGCAGGAGGGGCGGGGCGGGCUCGGCGGGUCGCUGCCCGGUGCCCGAGGGCCACUUCCCGGGCCACCUGGUGGACGUCAGCGGCACGGGGACCCUGUCGCAGAGCUACCAGUACGAGGUGUGUCUGACUGGAGGUACCGGGACCGGCGAGUUCAAAUUCCUGAAGCCAGUUGUACCCAACUUUCAGGCCAUUUCCCCGGGCCAGAAAUGAAUCCCCAAUUUUAGG